AUGCCGCACUCGGUGUCGCCUGCUAAUUCUCCUCGGAAGGAUGAUGAAGAACUCCCGGAUGCCCCCGUCGAGGGAACCGCGGAGAAUGGUGUCAAGCUCGAGGACCUUUUCAACGACGACGACAAUGAGGAGUUCCCUGCUUCCACUGCGGACAUGAAGAUGCAGUCAUCCCCAGCUUCAGUGCCGGAGCCUACACCGGCUCCUUCUGGCGUUGACUCGGAUAUAAUGCUUGCUUUCUAUCAACGACUGUUCCCCUUCCGAUACCUGUUCCAAUGGCUAAACCACGGGAUUGUCCCGACGCGCGAUUUCGGAAACCGGGAGUUUGCCUUGACGCUCCAAAAUGAUGCCUACCUUCGAUACCAGUCCUAUCCGACCGCAGAUUUGUUUCGGAAGGAUAUCCUCAAGAUGAACCCCUCACGUUUUGAAAUCGGGCCCGUCUACAGCACAAACCCUCGCGAUCGCAAAACACUUCGAGGCGGUCAGAUGAAGCCUGUCUCCAAGGAACUGGUUUUCGAUAUCGAUAUGACGGAUUACGACGAUAUUCGAACUUGUUGUCAGAAGGCAAACAUUUGUGCUAAGUGUUGGGCGUUCGUUACGAUGGCAAUCAAGGUUAUCGAUACGGCCUUGCGCGAGGAUUUUGGAUUCGAACAUAUUCUUUGGGUCUACUCCGGUCGUCGUGGUGCUCACGCCUGGGUGUGUGACCCUCGUGCACGCAAUCUGCCAGACGACCGACGUCGAGCCAUCGCCGGUUACCUUGAAAUCCUACGCGGAGGCUCUCAGAGCGGAAAACGGGUGAACCUUAAGCGACCACUGCAUCCUCAUGUUGCGCGCAGUCUCGACAUUCUUAAGAAUAAUUUCGCACAAACUACUCUGGUCGAUCAGGAUACCUUUGCAAGCUCUGAACAGGCAGAUCGGCUUUUGACAUUACUCCCCGACAAGUCUCUAAACAACGCUCUGCGAAGAAAAUGGGAUUCCUCGCCCGAUCGUCCUAGCGCCAGCAAAUGGGCCGACAUCGAUUCGUUGGCAAAGACUGGAAAGAGCAGUACACUGAAUACAGCCACUCUUCGCGACGCGAAACAAGAUAUUGUGUUGGAAUACACAUACCCGCGUCUUGAUGCCGAAGUCAGUAAGAAGAUGAUUCACUUGUUGAAGAGUCCAUUUGUCAUUCACCCUGGGACCGGUCGAAUCUGUGUACCUAUCGACCCACGCAAGGCGGAAGAGUUUGAUCCCCUCUCGGUCCCAACCGUUAUGGAAUUGCUGACCGAAAUCGACGCAUAUGAUGCUAAGAAUCCGGCUGGCACUACAGAAGCUGAGAUGCCCGACGCGGAGGGCAGUGCGGUGAACGACUCGGAUGUCAAGGGCGGCACUCGCAAAAUGCAGGACUAUGAGAAGACCAGCCUGAAGCCGUAUAUCGAGUUCUUCCGGUCUUUCAUCGCUGGCCUUCUUAAGGAGGAGCGGGCAGUCAAGCGAGAGCGUGAAGAAACCGCACCUGCAGUGAAAGCCGAUCCAAUGGAGUUCUGA